AUCCUUUGAACGUACUGAUAGUAGAUUGGUCAGACACAUGCAGGAUACAUUUUUUCUUUCUGUGCAGUUUUCACCGAGUCAUCUGAACAAUACAAUUUCUAGUUCAUAUGGAGUUUAAUGAGUCAUAUGGAGGCUUGAGGAAUUGAAAAUGUUAGACAUAACGAAACUGACCAACAAUGGACAUCUUGCAUUACUGAUAUCAGCAUAUAGGUCGCAAACAGGAACUUUACAAAGAGAUUGUGCAUCCAAAAACGGAGAGUUCAAUGAUCGACACAUUUUCAUUCCGAAUGUAAUCAAGAAACGAUAAUAACUGAAAUAAUUGUAGCUGGUGUCAUCUUUCAGGGUGGACAUAUUGACUGCGACAUUAAACUGAAGUUUCUAGUUGUUUUAUAUGGUGAGCUGAGACCUGCAUUGCAGAGGGUAUGAGUUAGAAAACAAAAAUACAGUGAAUGAACAAGAGCGACCAAAGGACUUAGAAUGCUGAGUUGCAAUACACCCAUCACAUCUGCGCUGGACGUUAACAGAGCUACAGGACUUGGUAUAGGAAUCGGUAUUGCAAUUAUAGCUCCAUUAUCGUUUAUAACGAACACAUUGCUGCUGGUGUCCCUGAAAGCAACAAAGCAGUCAUCAUGUAACGCUACAAACAAGCUUAUCACAUAUCUGUGUGUUUCAGAUAGCCUUAAUGGAGCCAUCAACAUGCCAAUAUUUACGUAUUUGUUUUUACGAAGACCAUCAGAAUGUCAUCUACAAGAGGCAGCUACAAUAAUUUCAACGACUUUCAGUAUUACAUCUGGUUUCGUUAUAGUAUUAAUUGCUAUUGAGCGCUAUCUUUAUAUGAAUCCUUAUGCCGGAUCAAAAACAAUAUGGCUCCGGAAACUAUUCCAGCCUCCUCUGGUUCAUUACAUCGUAGUAGGAUCAUUUGCGUUUGCGUUCUUGCAAUCAGUAGGCAUGGUGUACAUUUUCAGAACCGGAAAAACAGGCACAGCAAUCGCAAAUAUACUGCUUGCGGUAGUAUGCACAGUCGGAAUAUCGAUCAUAACUAUAGCAUACAUCAAAGGCUAUCGAAAGCUUCGUCGUAUCACAGAAGAAACUUCAGCCACGAUGGAUGAUCGUACAAAAGAGCGCGGGAGGCACGCUUACAUGAAGGACUUACAGCGGACCGUGCUUGUCUUAAUAACAACGAUGUUUAUUUGUUAUGCGCCUUUUGGUUUAUCGUGUCUUGCACAAGGACUAAAUCAGAUCUUUACGCUUAAAAGCGAUCCUCAAUUGAUGAAUGUAUUCUUAGCUGUUUCAAUAAUGGCUGUAUACUCCAAUUGUCUCAUCAACAGCAUUCUGAUAUUCAACCAUAACAAGAAAGCAAAACAGUGGGUGCUUCAUAAGUUAACUAACUUUAAAUCAAAUUUUUCAGAAACCAAGGUAACAACGUAUGUAAAAUGAACCUAGACAAUAUAUCCACAACCCUGAAGAUCAAUUACAAACAUUUCAUAACAAGCUAAAAGGUGGAGCACAGAUAAAUACCACAGAAAGAACAGUGUUGCUUAUGCUUCCCAGAAGACAACGAUUUGGUCUUUCCCAAAAGACAACGAUUUGGUCUUAAUAAGAGUUAAUACGUUAAACUGAGAGAUAUAGCAAUUCUAUUUGUUAUUCCCAAAGUACAGCAUUGGGUUACGGCUUCAAAUGCAGAUCUAAGAAAAUUCAUGCUGGGCAUAUUCGCUUAAAACAAUUAAAAGAGCUCCUAAUGAUCACUCAGAUUUAAAGAAAAUCAAAUAUAAUAAGUGGUUUAACCAUCUGCUAAUCAACUAUUAGCCAAUCAACAAGCGUGUUGCUACUCAGACGCUUAUUGAUUGGUUAAUUGGCGAUUGAUUGACGGCUUAAGCCACUUCUGCGCCCGUCAAUAGCCUUUAAAAUUAAGUUUAAGAGAAUAAAGUCGCGUUUUUUGCCGUGACUUUCAUGAAAAACGUCCAAUGUCCCUGCAUCACAAGCUUCUUCUUUAUUUUGAAUUUACUCUCAAAGCCAUAUAAAAUUAACACUUCCAUUUUGAGCAUGAUAACAAGUAUUAGGGCUAUCAUGAGGUGGUUUUAAUUAGCUUGAAUAUAGCUAGUAUUGUAUGUUACCAAAUUAAAAGAAAGUGGGAAGAAAAUAUGUUAACAGUGUGUACGCUUUGAUAAAAGUUAGAACAAAGCAAGAUUCAUAUCUUAACAUGCACAUCAACUUGUUGUUCCAGUCAAUAUUGCAAAACG